AGGUCUUCUUUCCAAAUUUCUGUUCAGUUAGAGAUACAUAGCUAUGUCGUCAAGAGCUCACCCUGUGGACGGAGAUUUAAGUCCGGCAACGGACGGUGGACAUAUUCCGAUGAAAUCCUCGCCCCACCGACAUAAAGUUGGGAUUCCACCGAAGCAAAACAUGUUCAAGGAUUUCAUGUACACAUUCAAAGAAACUUUCUUCCACGAUGAUCCUCUUAGGGAUUUUAAGGAUCAGCCUAAGUCUAAGAAGUUUAUGCUUGGUCUCCAAUCCGUCUUCCCGGUCUUUGAUUGGGGACGUAACUACAAUCUCAAGAAGUUUCGAGGCGAUCUCAUCUCUGGUUUAACAAUUGCAAGUCUCUGCAUUCCUCAGGAUAUUGGAUAUGCUAAGUUGGCGAAUCUUGAUCCCAAAUACGGUUUAUAUUCGAGUUUUGUUCCUCCGUUGGUAUAUGCUUGUAUGGGGAGUUCGAGGGAUAUAGCAAUCGGACCUGUCGCUGUGGUUUCUCUGUUGCUAGGAACAUUGCUUCGAGCUGAGAUUGAUCCAAGCACAAAUCCUGAUGAAUAUCUCCGCCUUGCCUUCACUGCUACGUUUUUCGCGGGUAUCACUGAAGCAGCCCUUGGAUUCUUCAGAUUAGGGUUCUUGAUCGAUUUCCUUUCCCACGCGGCUGUGGUUGGCUUCAUGGGCGGCGCAGCCAUCACUAUCGCUCUUCAGCAGCUUAAAGGCUUCCUCGGGAUCAAGAAAUUCACCAAGAAAACUGAUAUCAUUGCUGUUCUUGAAUCCGUUUUCAAAGCAGCUCAUCACGGCUGGAAUUGGCAGACUAUACUCAUUGGUGCAUCAUUCUUGACCUUCCUUCUCACCUCUAAGUUCAUUGGGAAGAAGAGCAAGAAACUAUUCUGGGUACCAGCAAUUGCGCCAUUGAUAUCAGUUAUCAUUUCCACCUUCUUUGUUUACUUAACCCGAGCCGACAAACAAGGAGUCCAAAUCGUGAAACACCUUGACCAAGGCAUCAACCCUUCCUCUCUCCAUCUAAUCUACUUCACCGGUGAUAACCUUGCUAAGGGCAUCCGGAUCGGUGUAGUCGCUGGCAUGGUCGCUUUAACAGAAGCUGUAGCGAUUGGAAGAACCUUUGCUGCGAUGAAAGACUACCAAAUCGACGGUAACAAAGAGAUGGUAGCAUUAGGUAUGAUGAACGUAGUUGGAUCGAUGUCUUCUUGCUACGUAGCUACCGGAUCUUUCUCAAGAUCAGCCGUCAAUUUCAUGGCUGGAUGUCAAACAGCGGUUUCAAACAUCAUAAUGUCAAUUGUUGUUCUCUUGACAUUGCUCUUCCUGACUCCUCUCUUCAAGUACACUCCAAACGCCAUCCUCGCAGCUAUCAUCAUCAACGCCGUGAUUCCUUUGAUCGAUAUCCAAGCUGCUAUUUUGAUCUUUAAGGUUGAUAAGCUUGAUUUCAUCGCUUGUAUUGGAGCAUUCUUUGGCGUCAUCUUUGUUUCUGUUGAGAUCGGACUUCUCAUUGCCGUCUCGAUCUCGUUUGCUAAGAUCCUCUUGCAAGUAACAAGACCUAGAACUGCAGUUCUCGGAAAUAUUCCGAGAACUUCUGUUUACAGAAAUAUUCAACAGUAUCCUGAAGCCACUAUGGUUCCAGGGGUUCUUACUAUUCGUGUUGACUCCGCCAUUUACUUCUCCAACUCAAAUUACGUCAGAGAAAGGAUCCAAAGAUGGCUCCAUGAGGAAGAAGAAAAGGUCAAAGCAGCAAGCCUACCUAGGAUUCAGUUUCUCAUCAUCGAAAUGUCACCUGUUACGGACAUCGACACAAGUGGUAUCCACGCGUUAGAAGACUUAUACAAGUCUCUCCAGAAAAGAGACAUUCAGUUGAUUCUAGCAAAUCCUGGACCGUUGGUGAUAGGCAAGCUACACUUGUCGCACUUUGCCGACAUGUUAGGACAAGACAACAUCUAUCUGACAGUGGCUGACGCAGUCGAGGCUUGCUGUCCAAAACUCUCAGAAGAGUUCUUUAUGAUUCUUCUAUCCAUACCAAGAGUGUCAAUGGUAAAUCUCCUCUCCUUCCGUUCCGUCGGCGUUCAUCUUCUCCGGCAUGCUACGCCGAUCAUAACCCGAGGCGGAAGAAUCUCGAAACCCAUCUCGAAAAAUCUCUGCUUUGUCUUAUUCUCUUCGUCUCCUAAAACCUCUCUUCUUAAACCUCGCGCUGCGUCAUCAGAGGACCAUUCUCUUGUGUUUAAAGGCGAUGAGCGUGUGGUGGGUCUUGUGGGCAAAGUAGAUGAUACAUUCGAUAACGUUGAUAGGUUUCAGAGCUCAAGUACAAUUGUGGCGAUUGUAACGCCGAUCGGUGGACCACCUGGUGCGGUAGGAAUCGUGCGGUUGUCGGGACCUAAGGCUGUGGAAGUUGCAAGAAGAGUCUUUCGUUCUGCUAAGAAAAGGAAGAAGAAGGACUCGGAUUCGGAUUCGUGGCGGCCCAAGAGUCAUUUCGUGGAGUAUGGAGUUGUUGUUGAUUCACAUGGCAAUGUUGUUGACGAGGUUUUAGCUGUGCCUAUGUUGGCUCCUCGGUCAUACACUCGAGAAGAUGUAGUUGAGCUCCAAUGUCACGGGAGCGAAGUUUGUCUGCGGCGUGUUUUGAGGACGUGUGUUGAAGCUGGAGCACGAUUAGCAGAACCAGGAGAGUUUACACUUCGUGCCUUCCUAAAUGGGCGUUUAGACCUUUCGCAAGCUGAAAAUGGAGGGUUUUCAUCUUUGGUCAAAUCAUUAAGAGCACAAUGCAUUGAGCUCCUCACUGAAAUUGAAGCUCGUUUAGACUUUGAUGACGAGAUGACGCCAUUGGAUAUAGAGUCAGUUAUUAACAAAAUAAACAGCAUGUCUGAAGACGUAGAAAGUGCAUUAGAUACAGCAAAUUACGACAAGCUUCUUCGAAGCGGAUUGCAGAUAGCUAUUGUUGGUCGUCCGAAUGUCGGGAAAUCAAGUCUUCUAAAUGCCUGGAGCAAAAGUGAGAGAGCCAUUGUUACAGAAGUUGCUGGAACUACUCGAGACGUUGUGGAAGCUAAUGUUACAGUCCGUGGCGUACCUAUCACACUUCUUGACACUGCUGGUAUCAGAGAAACCAAUGACAUUGUCGAAAAAAUAGGAGUUGAAAGAUCAGAAACAGCUGCUAAGGUUGCUGAUGUCAUAAUCAUGGCGGUGAGUGCUGUCGAAGGCUGGACUGAAGAAGACACUGAGCUUUUACGUAAGAUCCAAUCAGACAAGCCUAUGAUUCUGGUGAUGAACAAAAUUGAUUGUGCUCCUCCUAGUAGCUGUGAUCAACUAGAAGAUCAGAGGAAAAAGGAAGAAGUUUUCCAUAAGUCUGUCUUCACAUCAGCUGUUACUGGUCAAGGAAUUGAAGAGCUUGAAGAUGCAAUAUUGGAGAUUCUUGGUCUUGAUCGUGUCCCCACUGGAGGACAUCAAUGGACCGUGAAUCAGAGACAAUGCGAGCAAUUGGUGCGGACGAAAGAAGCGCUAGCGAGGCUGAGAGAAGCGAUUGAAGACGAGAUUCCAAUUGAUUUCUGGACAAUCGAGCUGAGAGAAGCUGCUUUGGCUCUUGCUCAAAUCAGUGGUCAAGAUGUCUCUGAAGAGGUCUUAUCGUCCAUUUUUGCUAAAUUUUGUAUCGGUAAAUAAACCGUUGCCACUUAAUUCAACCCCAGACAAAUCAAAAGUGUCUUAUUAACCCUUUUUCACAUACAUUGAAGUUUGUUUUUUGGAACUUUUUCGUGUGUAUGUAAAAUCGACGUACGUACAAUAAUUAGAUUCAACAUAU